GCGAGGAAGUUGAUCAAGCAGCUGAGGCUGACUGAGACCGACCUGGAGGAGAAGAAGAGGAUGCUGACGAAGAAAAGAGACGGCUUCAUCAAAUUCAUCGCUCCAACAACAGAGGAGAUUAAUCGGAUGAGCCGUAAACAUCACAGAUCUCCAGAGUCGACAGAGAGCGACGUGGAGGAGAAACUACUGGAGGUGGAAGAAGUGACGGAAAACUCGUCAGACGAUCAGAUCCUCGUUACCAAGAAGAACAACGUGGAGGAAGGGGCUCAGAGUGUUGCCAUGGAGACGCUGGUGAAGAGGCGGCGGACGAGGAACAAGAGGAACUCAAAAAGCAGUUUGAGACAAAAGAAGCCGGUUGAUUUUCACAGCAACUCCCCCGCCUUCAAAGACCUCAGCUCCAUGGUGAAGUGCAGAGACUCCCCGAAGGCUUUUAGGCUCAAAGAGGCUCAGCAGGAGAUCCUGAAUCUGCAGAACGAGACGGCGAGACUGAAGAGUCUGAAGAUCUGUCUGAACCAGAAGAGAGAGAACUUCAUCAAAAAGAUCAGAGAGAGAACAGACAAGGGCACCUUCCGCUCUCGUAAGCAGAGAGUCCAGGGGAGUCUGCAGCACCUGACGUCCAAACACACGACGAUUGAGGAGAAGAAGGGGCGCCCAACAGCCAAUCAGCUGUCAGCAGAGAGAGGGGGCGGGGCCUCAGACCCUCCAGCUUCGAGUGAUGACGACAUCAUAAUCACUUCCUCCUUCCCACAGCAAGAUCCUCCCCUUUCUGUUUCUGCUCCAAUCAUACAGCAGCUUCAGAGGGUCGUGCAGAUGCUGCCGCCCAUCAUGCCUCCUCCUGCUGUUUCCCACAAUGCAUCAGGGGAAAGUGACAGGCCCAAGACGGUUCCCAAGAUCCUGUCUCCUCCUGCUGUAUCCCACAAUGCAUCAGUGGAAAGGGACAGGCCCAAGACGGUUCCCAACAUCCUGUCUCGCACUAAGAAACCAGCUGUGUUGCCGUGCUAUCAGGCUAUGUUCCCAUUGGUCGGUUCUGCGUUGCCGGGGCAACAGUUUCUGGCCUUCAGCCCGACGGUGCUGCAGACGUCUCCGUCACCAGGCGUGACAUCAAUCAUCAACAUCCCUGGUCAGGUGAUCCAUCUCCCCUCUCUGCCCCGCCCCUCCACAGCUGGAGACUUAAACAACCUGCUUCAUUUGGUUCCACCAUCAACUGCAGAACACCAACAGAUACUACAACAACUACAACAACAAUCACAACAACAGCAACAGAUACUCCUACAACAAAUGCUACAACAACCACAACAACAACAACAACAACAACAACAAGAAGAACCACAGGAAAAAACACAAACUCCACCACCUCCCCAGAAAGUGGCUGAAAUCCCUCCUGGUCCCAGACCCUCUCCGCCUCCACCCUCCAACCAGGGCCCGUCCUGCUCUCCCUGCCCAGGAAAGAGUGCUGAUCCUGGGGCUGAGGUCCUGGGCAUGAAGGGGUCUCUGGAGCAGCAGAAAGACGACGAGGGUCUGAUGUCCCUCCUCAACGAGAUCGACUUCCUCAACCAGCAGACCGUCACCACAGCAACAACAACAACCAGUGUCCUGUUACCGGGGAAACCGUUGUCGUCAGGGGGCGGAGCCAAAGAGGAGAAAGGACCCGCCCACAGCCCCUGGGUCCUAGAGCUCGACUCUGACUCUGAGGAUUCGACAAAGACUGAAAACGCUAAAUGUGGAGGCGGCGUCCUGGCUCCGCCCCCUCUGCAGCAGAUGAAAGUGGGCGGGGCCGAGAAAGUAAUGGAACCCGCCAACAGCGAUGGGGAAGAAGAAGAAGAAGAAGAGGAAGAAGAAGAAGGAGGAGGGAAAAAAGAUGGCGGCGCGGCCUGGAGGCCGAUGCCGAGACUCGUUCCUCUGGGGCUGAGAGGAAACCCCCCCAGCUGAUGAUGUCACGGACUGAUGAUGAUGUCGCAGCAAAGUUGGUCAUGGGUCGUCUGCAGGCUCCUCUGAUUGGCUGUUGGAGUACGGUUUAGUUUCAGCAACAGUAGAGAGGUGAAAUGAUGACGUUAGCAUCACAAGGGCUGCCUCCAAAGAAAAGCAAUAUUGCAGGAAAUAAGUUCUGCGGCUAACACAUGUUUAUGAAAUGUACUCGUCUUGUUCAGCAGGAUCGUUUCCACAAACUACCCCACUGUUAGGAUGUUUGAAGCGUAAAUGUUAUCUCCAGACGUAAAAAGCUAAUGUUUGGCUCUAAAACGAACUGCAUCGCGGUCACAUGACUUCACGUCACCACCGCUUAGCUAAAGGUGGCUAAUGUUGGGCAUGAUGACCUUUAAUCGUCUCAUUUAGACACUUGAAAUUCACCAGUGGGGCACUGAGGUAUACUAAUGUCAUAAACCAGUGUGGACAUCUCUUCAGCUUGUGUUCAGCACAGAUCUUAUUUCACGCUUCUCAACAAAAAAACGUUGACUUCAAAACGAGGUAGCCAGAUGUUGUAAAAAUGCUGACUCAUUUCCAGGACUCAUUCCUUGUUAGUGUUCUAUGCAGCAGAAGCACCUGACACACCAGAGAGCCAAUCAGAAGCCUGGCCUCCUGUAACCUUUUCACACGUCGUUCACAGACGAUCAGAUCUCAUGUUCACCAUAUUUAUGAAUGUGUCUCUUCACCUCCGUCCUCUUGCGUUUCAGUUCUCUGACUGAAUGAGGCAACGGGCAGCAACUUUUAGGGGAAAGGUUGCCGAGUCAUCGUUGCCAUGAAAGUUACUCUUCAGUCUCAUCAUAGGAGAACAAGUUGCCAUAAGACAUUUUGAGUCCACAUUUUCAGUCGUUCAAACUAGUGAGUGAGUGAAUGUGUGUCUGAUGUGUAUAACAGCUUUUUACUUUAAGGAGCACUAAGUUCAAUAAGUGGAAAUAUUUGGAGGAAAAUAUCAAUGUUAUCAGAAAAUGUUCACAAUGGCACAAAAGGUGAAAAAAAAACACUUGAUUUACAUUAAAAUUAUGCUAUUUCUUCUCAAAAUAUUACAACUUUAUUCUGAAAUGUUGGUUUGUGUUACGACAGUCAUUUAAUUGAAAAAAUGUCAUUGCAUAUAUUUCAGUUUCUUUGAUCCGGUCAUGUUCCCAAGACUUUUUAUAAAACAUAUGCACACAGGAUCUGCUAUGGGAAUAUAAUUAAAAGAGUCUGACGUUUCUUAUAUUUGAAGAAUAAAAACACUAAGUCUGUUUACACUCAGCUGCUCAGUGUUACGGGACGAUUAAAGGACCAGGCUGGUGUUUGAUUGAACAUCAGCUCUGUUGUAUCAGCUGCUUCUCUUUGUGUAUGUACAGUGUACAGUUGUUUCAUUUGUUUUAAAAAUUUGUAUUUUUGUACGUGUUGAAAAAAAACAUGAGAUGUAAAUAUACGUUCUCCAUCGGAAGCGACUCGCAGCACAUGAUACAUACUCUGAUAUACACUAAAUAAAGUUUAAAUACGUACUCCUGA